CCGGGAUCGGAGCUUCCGGCACCGACGCGAAGCAUGUCCCAUUGUACGUGCUGUUCUCCGAGAGUGCUGCGAUUGUUGCAGUUGCAGGUUGUUUAAAUGUACGUUUUCUUCCAAAGUUGCGUCGUCUCUUGUCUCCGGUUGGUGUCUUACAGCUUAGAGCCGUGUCAGAGUGUUGUCACGCGCGGAGUCUGACCGAGAAGUCGACGCUUGUUGCCGGGACAAACAGCCGCGGACUCCCCACAGGAAUUUCGAUCGUUCGCGGCGGCUGAAGCCACCUUGCGGUUCUGCUAGUACCGGAGCUAGCUAGCGGUAGCAGCGGCUUACUGUUUUGUUUUUUUAGCGGUAAUCUAACGAAGGUGUGCGUCCAACCGGAGACUUUAUUCAUAAGUUAUCGCUGUGUGAAUAAUCGUUGUUAAACUACUGAAGCUGUUGUUCCGCUGCUCGCGACGCAAACAACUUAGCCGGGCUAGCCUAGCAGCGAGCUAGCACCACUAACGGAUCGUCUCUCACAAAGAGACAGCGGCUGAACCGGUGACUCAAGAGUCUGCGUUUUUUGGGGAACCGAUCGUGCACAGUGAGCCCCGCGACAGGAUGAACGGGUUCAGCACGGAGGAGGACAGCCACGACGGGCCGCCGGCUCCGCCGUUUUACGGACAGAGCUGCUGUCUCAUCGAUGACGGGGAGCGCUGCGGCCGCUCCGCUGGAAACGCCUCCUUCAGCAAGAGGAUCCAGAAGAGCAUUUCCCAGAAGAAACUGAAACUGGAUAUCGACAAGAGCGUGCGACACCUCUACAUCUGCGACUUCCAUAAGAACUUCAUUCAGAGCGUCCGCAACAAGAGGAAGAGGAAGACCAGUGACGACGGUGGGGAAUCCCCGGAUCACGAUGUGGAGGUGCCCGAGGUCGACCUUUUCCAACUGCAGGUGAACACGCUGAGACGCUACAAGCGACACUACAAGCUACAGACCAGACCCGGUCUCAACAAGGCUCAGCUGGCAGAGACGGUGAGUCGUCACUUCAGGAACAUCCCGGUGAACGAGAAGGAGACGCUGACCUACUUUAUUUACAUGGUGAAGAGCAGCAAGAGCCGCUUGGACCAGAAAAGCGACGUGGGCAAACCGUUGGACUAAACUCCGCCCACAACAACAACAACGACGACCACGACGACAUCUUCAGCCAAUCAACGACCGCGGUGACAAACGGCAAGCGAGCGCCGCACCGCGGUGACCAGCUCCUCCCACAAAACCCUGUGACCGUCCCACUCCUCUGCUGAACUCUAACGCUGAACUUUUAAUAUUAAUAAUUCAAAAAAGAAAAAGGAGAGGAUGACUCGGGGUGGGACGAGUUCACUUUUGCUCAUUUUCACACAAACAAGCAAGUCCGCGCACGUACCGUCACAACGGGUCGACCCUCCUCCAAAGAAAGGUAUUUCCUGUUUCCUCCUGACUGACUGUUGAGGAGCAGGACUUUGUCUCUGUCUCUCUCUCGCUCUCUGUCUGUCUGUCUGUCUGCGCAGGGUUUUUACGUCAUCGUGCUGCAACAUGUCCAUAUGUACAAAAGAAAAAAAACGCGUCCCAUUUAGAGAAACUUGCAAUGUACAAUAGAGCUGCCUUAAGUGUUAAAAAAAAUCAAUUUGGGGAUUUUUUUUUUGUCGUUGCCGAGUUGACUGUUACCACAUUCACCGUCUGUCUGUCUGUCUGUCUGUCUGUCAGUCUGUCUGUCUGUCAGGGACGUUUGUGCCAAACGGAGGCGUGUUGCUCUUUCUUUCCUCGCAGAAAAUGAAUGACUUGUAAGAUAGUGAAUGAUAGUGGCGCCACCUGCACUGACUCAGGGUCAGAAAAAGAAAAGUUAAAGGAUAGUUUAGUUUCUUUGGGACGUGUGGUGAUGUGUGAGAAAUCUAAAAACUCUACAUCAGCAUAAGUCUAUGACGUCUGAAGACUAUGUUUGCAACUUCAUUUCACCGUUUCGCUGCCUUUUGUGUCGCCAAACCAAAGUUAGUGUUGCUCUGUAAAGCGCUUGGUUUCCCCACACCAAACCCCAUAGAGAAAACCACCGAUUUUAAGAUCACAGCACACAGGAGUUGAAGAUUCACUUCUUCCCCCUUCAGUAAUUUCAAAUGCGAUGUGUUGUGACUUCAGUGGUGGAUUUCCUCUAUUCGGUUUCACCAAAGUAGCACAAAGUGACCACACGAGGCAGCGGUAGACCAGCGGCUCCCGUGUCCCCGGGUUCUUAAAUCACUGGUUUUCUCUAUGGAUUUUGGUGUGGGAGAGUGCGAGGUGGACACGUCGAGUUUCAGUGAGAUAAAGACGUGAACGUGUUUUUUUUUAUAUCAUAGACUUAAGCUGGUGUACGUUUCCUCAAUCAAGAAAUGCUUUUUAUAGGUAAAUGGGGUCAGAACACUUGAAAUGAACUUAAAAUAUGAGUUUAAAAUCAAAAAGCCGUCCUUUUCCAAACACUUGGUGUCAAAGCGUAUAAACACACACGUAAUUUAAUAAUUUCUCUGUGCAUUGCAGGUUAUUUUUGGUCUAUAUUGGGGAAAAUAGACAUGUAGUUCUCUUUAGUUGAGUCUUAAUUCUACAGGUUGUAUAAAGUUUGUUUAGGGAUAUUGUUUUAUUUUCUUGUCGUUGUUUUUCCCCCUCACUUGAACUACAUCGUGUGUGUGUGUGUGUGUGUGUGUGUGCUCAUACUUCCAUCUUUUGUGAGGUUUAUAUCUUUCAGAUUUUCAAACUCCAAAUUUUUAGCCUCGUAACCAAGGACUUGCGUUAUAAAUUCUACGUCUGCUAUAUUUUAAGAAUCCGUUUGUCUGUUUUUCUCGCUGUUAGAAGGAAACUGAAGAUUUAGUCACUGAAUGACCAGACUCCAUUCACGAAAACAGCGAUUUUUUUUACCACACCAUAGAGGAGCCGUUGAUCCCCUUUUGCCUUCCUUAGUAAGUUCAAAUACGUUAGUUUACGACUUCUGUGUUUCAAAUCCUUCUUUUGGAUUGACCUAAAUCACACAAAUUCACCUGUAAAGGCAGCAGGAGGGACCGCCUCUUUGUGGAGCUCUGAACGGUCCCUUUAAAACUGUUGCGUCCUCACAAAAAUGAGAGUACGUGUACGAGAGAGUGUGUGUGUGUGUGUGUGUGUGUUUGAGAGUAAUUAUUAGAAGCAUUUUAAUAUUUAAGAAGACGCGUUUGACUUUUUUACCUGAUCCAUUUAUUUAAAAACACAAAAAAUGUCCCAAUUUGUAGUGGAAUUUUGACGCGACGCAACAUUUUAUACGCGACAGAAAGAUCGUAAAUGUGCGACUUGACUCUAACCUGGCACCGAACGUUCAAAAAUAACUAUUUUCUUCACCUUUUUUGUAUUUUUUUUCCCACCUCCAAAUGUCCAAACAGAAGUUGUCAUGGUGAGAAACGACCAGUAGGUGGCGACAUGUUCAUUUCAAUCCUCUGUCUCUCCUUUUCCUUUUUUUAAACGGUGAAUGUGUACACGCAGUUUUUUCCCCAUCAUCCUCUUCUGUCUCAACAUAUUUACAUUUUUGUAAAAACUAAACUGAGUUUUUUGUUUUGUUUUUGUUUGAUUUUUCUGUCGUAGUUUCAGUUUUUGCUCGUAGGUUUCUUAGAGUCUCGUAGAAGGAGAAAAAAAAUCAACACCCAACUUUAUUAACACAUAGGCCGCGAAACAUUAACCCAAUUAUUGUAUUAGAAAUUAAAUUUAAAAAAAGAAGACACAUAUUUAAAUAUGACUGCUUACUGCUCCUCAUGGUGAUAAUUAUAAUAAAAAUAAAGAUAAAUGUAUUGUACAGAAGAAGAAGAA